GUGCCGCUUGGCUCAUCAUUUAGACGGUUGAGAUCUAUGCUCAUCGUUUAGGUUUAAGGUAGGGUUCUUGAGCAGCAAGGCGGCUGCGCUGCGCCAUGGCCGUCGGGAAGAACAAGCGGAUUUCCAAGGGAAAGAAGGGAGGCAAGAAGAAAAUUGUCGACCCUUUCUCGAAGAAGGAUUGGUACGAUGUCAAGGCCAUGUCCACUUUCAAUGUUCGUCAGAUCGGGAAGACGCUUGUGACGAGAACGCAGGGAACAAAGAUUGCCUCGGAUGGUCUCAAAGGGCGUGUCUUCGAAGUGUCGCUGGCGGACUUGCAGAAUGACGAGGAUCACGCCUUCCGGAAGAUCAAGCUCAGGGCCGAGGAUGUCCAAGGCCGGAACGUCCUCACGAACUUCUGGGGAAUGGACUUCACGACCGACAAGCUCCGGUCCCUCGUCCGGAAGUGGCAGUCCCUCAUUGAAGCUCACGUUGAUGUGAAGACGACUGACAACUACACCUUGAGGCUCUUCUGCAUUGGAUUCACCAAACGGAGGCCCAACCAGGUGAAGAGGACUUGCUACGCUCAGUCAAGUCAGAUCCGCCAGAUCCGCAAGAAAAUGAGGGAGAUCAUGGUUCGCGAGGCCCAGUCCUGCGAUCUCAAGGACCUCGUCGCCAAGUUCAUCCCCGAGGUUAUUGGGAAGGAGAUCGAGAAAGUGACUGCGGGAAUCUAUCCCCUGCAGAACACUUACAUUCGUAAGGUGAAGAUUCUGAAGGCCCCAAAGUUCGAUCUUGGGAAGCUGAUGGAGGUUCAUGGUGACUACAGCGAGGAUACUGGCGUCAAGGUUGAGCGACCAGUCGGUGAUGAAGCCGAACCGGAGGCAGCAGAGGCUGAAGUAGUCGGGGCGUAAGUCGUCCUACUUGAUAUUUGUUUUGCCUCUUUUCCUUAACAGUACACAGUUUAGAUAUCGUUCUGCACAACUUUAAAAGUUCUCUGGAGAUUUCUUCUCCAUAGGAAAGCCCAGCUA